AUGGUUGGCAAGGAAAUAGUUGCUCUUAAAGAUAUGCACAUGGCUUUUCCUUUUUCUGAAAUGAAGUGGAUCUUAACUACCAUCAAAAGUGUGCUUGGAAUCAUGGACCUCGAAGUUCAAAAGUGCAACAAAGGGAAGAGGAAGAUAAACUAUGAAACCUCUCUUGCACCUGAACUAUCAGAGAUGCAAGAAGAGCUUAAAUCUGUUCGUCUUAAGCUAGUUGAGCAUGAUGAGGAGAAUAAGCGACGUGAUGAGGAGCUAAAGGAGCUAAGGCAAAGUCAUGGUCGGGUUUCUGAACUUGAGAAGCUCCUCACGUUUUUGAAGAAGGACAAUCCGCAGAUCGCAUCAUACAUGUCUCAACCCCCUGACUUGGACUCAACUCAACAACCGAUGGAUUGA